GCAGGCGACUCGAGACGCACUGCAGAGGGCGAUGAAGGGUUGUGUGUCUGUCCCAAGUGUUGACAGCCCCUCCUCCACCUGAUGAAAAAACAACAUCACCAUUCAUUUAACCUCCCACAUUUCGUCUGAUGUCGUUUGCGUGGACAGCUGAUUGAUGUUUUUGGACUACGGUUCUCCAAAGAGGCUGGAUGAGUGCGCAAAGUAACAGUGGAAGUUUGGAAGGGGCGCCAUCUUGGCUCCAACAGCAGCAGCAGCGGCACUCGAGCGCGUCCCCGGCGCCGCUUUCACACACGCACGGCGCGCCACUCGCACCAGCCAAAGAAGGUGCUAUGGAGGAGCUGCACAGUUUGGAUCCGCGCCGGCAGGAGUUGCUGGAGGCCAGAUUUCUGGGUGGAGUCAGUGGCAACACAGUGGGCAGCACCGGCAGCGCCAGUGGAGGAACCAAAACCUUGACAAACAACGAAUGCUCCAAUCACAGUUUUGGCAGUCUGGGCUCCUCCAGUGAUAAAGAGUCAGAGGGAUCUGAUGGGAAAAGAGGAAGCUCUCCCGCGUAUUCAACUCCCGAAAAGAAGCACUCGGAAUCAUCACGGAGCAGGAAGAGGAAAGCGGACAACCAAUCAGAAAGCAGCCAGGGGAAAUCUAUCGUUCGGGGACCCAAAAUUAGUGAUUAUUUUGAUUUUCAGGGUGGUAACGGGUCCAGUCCAGUAAGAGGUCUACCACCUGUCAUUCGUUCACCCCAGAACUCACAUUCCCAUUCUACACCAGGAUCCAGUACGCGGCAAAGCAGCUCAUCACCCACCAGUCUGUGUUUUGGAGACUCUGUGAUUUCCUGUAAACAGAUGGCAGUCAAGAGUGUUCAGACCGAGAUGACACUGGUCAAACUGGCCACUAUAGAGAGCAAUAAGAACCUGGACCUGGAGAAGAAGGAGGGCAGGAUAGACGACCUGUUGAGGGCAAACUGUGAUCUUAGAAGACAGAUCGACGAACAACAGAAGCUUCUAGAAAAGUACAAAGAGCGUUUAAACAAGUGCAUCACCAUGAGCAAGAAGCUGCUGAUUGAGAAGAGCACGCAGGAGAAGCAAGCGUGUCGAGAGAAGAGCAUGCAGGAUCGACUGCGUUUGGGUCACUUCACCACUGUGAGACACGGAGCCUCAUUUACAGAGCAGUGGACAGACGGCUACGCCUUCCAGAACCUUGUGAAACAGCAGGAAUGGAUCAUUCAACAGCGUGAAGAAAUCGAGAGGCAGCGGAAGCUGUUAGCCAAGAGAAAACCUUCAUCAGCCAGCAGCUCACAGUCUCCCAGCACAAACUCUGAGCCGAAACAACGCAAGACUAAAGCUGUGAACGGCUCUGAGAACGACCCGUUCGUCAAGCCCAGCCUUCCUCAGCUGUUAACAUUAGCUGAAUAUCAUGAGCAGGAGGAGAUCUUCAAACUCAGACUCGGACAUCUCAAAAAGGAGGAGGCAGAGAUUCAGGCUGAGCUGGAGAGGUUGGAAAGGGUGCGAAAUCUUCACAUUCGAGAGCUGAAGAGAAUAAACAAUGAAGACAGUUCACAGUUUAAGGACCACCCCACUCUGAAUGAACGCUAUCUGCUGUUACACCUGCUGGGCAGAGGAGGCUUCAGUGAGGUCUACAAGGCAUUUGACUUGAUCGAGCAACGGUACGCUGCUGUGAAAAUUCAUCAGCUCAACAAAAACUGGAGAGAGGAGAAGAAAGAGAAUUAUCACAAACACGCCUGUCGGGAAUACCGAAUACAUAAACAGCUGGAUCAUCCCAGAAUAGUAAAACUGUACGAUUACUUUUCACUGGACACAGACACGUUUUGUACAGUUUUGGAAUACUGUGAAGGAAAUGAUUUGGAUUUCUACUUGAAGCAAAACAAGCUCAUGUCUGAGAAAGAAGCUCGGUCUAUCGUCAUGCAGAUCGUUAACGCUUUUCGAUACCUGAACGAGAUCAAGCCGCCCAUAAUACACUACGACCUCAAACCCGGGAAUAUUUUACUGGUUGAUGGAACAGCAUGUGGAGAGAUCAAGAUCACAGAUUUUGGGCUGUCUAAAAUCAUGGAUGAUGACAACUAUGGAGUAGAUGGAAUGGACCUGACAUCACAGGGGGCGGGCACUUACUGGUACCUGCCCCCCGAGUGUUUUGUGGUGGGCAAAGAACCUCCAAAGAUCUCCAAUAAGGUGGACGUUUGGUCUGUCGGGGUCAUAUUUUUCCAGUGCCUCUAUGGAAGAAAGCCAUUUGGCCAUAACCAGUCCCAACAGGACAUCCUGCAGGAGAACACCAUCCUAAAAGCCACAGAGGUUCAGUUCCCUUCCAAACCAGUUGCCAGCAAUGAAGCCAAGGCAUUCAUUCGCCGUUGUCUAGCCUAUAGGAAAGAAGAUCGGUUUGAUGUGCACCAGCUGGGCAGUGACUCCUACCUGCUGCCUCAUAUAAGACGGGCCAGUUCAUCAGGAACCCUGGCACCAAACUCCAACGCCUCCUACUGACAGCCGGCACUGAACGCUCCAACCGAAAGCAGCCCACCGCUGAUCCCCCUUCCCUAAAGCAAGGCACGACUUUUCCAAGGCGGCCAUUAAGAAGAGAAGCUGCUCGAGGAAGAUUGUGUCUGCAUUACUGUGCUUUUGCAGCACAGAUUUGGGUUUACAAAGACAAUCGUUUAGAAAUUGACGACGAAGGAAAAAUUAAGCAGGAACAUUCAGAUACCCAGAGAAUGUCACAAUAAUGUCAUUGAAGAAAAACAAUUGCCUUCCGAAGAUUUAUUAGGGCACAGCUACUGUUAAGUACCUUGAAAUGUGACUGUUGUCAUUUGGUUUAUCACACGGUUACCUCCGAGUUCAAAGAGGAGAUUCUGCCGGCUUUCAAUAAAUAGAUUUCUUUAAAGAGCCUUCAUUCAGAGUUACCGUAACUGGCCUCAAUGGAUUCAUUCUUCACUCGGUAGUUCUGUUAUGUGGUUUCAGACAACAGUGUUAGCUUUCCUUGCUUUGUUCAACUAGCUAUGAGAAUGUAUUUCUAGAAUACAGAGCCCAGGCAGCAUUCUAAUGUUAAAUGCACAACAAUAACCAAACGGCAAUGUACAGAAUCCUAUGCAGGACGAAAUUAAGUAUCCACGCUGGAGAAUUUAUGUAUAUUUCUUGUACAGGACCUUUAUUUCAGAUUAACUUUCAGCAAAUUCAUUCUGUACAGAGGUUUAACAUAUUUUCCCCUUUUUCUUGUAAACUUCAUUUCCUGGUGUGUUUUUUAUUUUAUUUUGCUGCUUGAUGUUGCUCUUUUUAAAAGCGCUGUAUAAUGUACUUUGGGUAUAAAUUGUAUAGGCCUGUUUAAAAUAAAUAAAAAUAAAUGCCAGGGAAUCUUUUUUUAGUUUUGUGGUUCUGGCAAGCAGUCUGUAGCGCCGCCCGCUGGCCUUCUGAGGUACAGUUCUGUAUUAAAUCUAGCAAAUGCCAACAUGCAGCUGUCAUUU